AGACACCCCCUCCCCCGCCUCCACUUCGCACACUCUCCCUCACUCCGCUGCCCAUCCCGCGGUAUCCCCUCAGCAUGGAACCCACGGCCGGAUUGCUGCACCCUGCAGUCACGCGAGCCCUCGACCAGGCCAAUGCGACCACCUCGCGCGAAGACCUCAGCACCCAACUUGCCCAUGUCGCCACCCGCCUGCCAGAUGCCCUGCACUUGUUACUCCUGCUGAUGGGCGGCCCUCUGGGCCCGGACGUGUACGCUGGUCCCGUCCUUUUUUUUUGCCCCCCCUCCCCGCCGCAAUGCCCUGAUCGCCUUCCUGCCCAACGGCCCCCCUGCCCUGUUCCGGCGCUCCCCACGCGCGGCCUCUGCUGUGGGGAAAAAACAGCUGCGAGAUCGGCAUGCUGCUCAGCGCCCCGGGGCCAGUGCACCUGGCCUCGUGCGACGCCUCGCCAGAUACCAACCAAAACGCCGUCUACUAUGGCGACGGCGUGUCCUGCCCCGGGCGGCUGCUGAACGACUCCCUCGGCUGGCGGCAUCGCCUGGCCUUGCGCUUUGAUACGGUGGACUUGCUGGCAGCCAUGACGCAUGGGCAUUUUUUCCGCACCCUGACCCGCUGGCGCGGCGGCGGCCCCGCAUCCGAGGACUUCGACCAUCCGGCGUGGCUGUGGGCCCGCACGGCCAGCAUCGCCGGCCUGGCCGCCUCCCUGGCCUCGGACUCGCUGUCGGACUUCCUGCCGGCCGGCGGCUGGUGCGAAUGUCCAUCCUUCGACCUGGCGGGCCAUGAAGACCGGGCAGCCGCUGCCCUUCUCCUGGGCGCCGCAACCGCGGCCCAUCUUUGCAUCAACCCCGACGUGGGCACCGCUUGGAACGCACGCAAGGACCUGCUCGAGUGGUGGGCAGCGCGGGCAGCCGCCACGGGGCCCCUGCCCUCGUGCGAUCGGUGCCCGCCGGCCCUGCGCCAGGCCCUGGUGCACCGGCAUCUGCGCCGUAUGGAAGCGCGCGCCAUUCGUCUUGCCCUCAGCAAACAGACAAAGGCCCAUGAUGCGUGGGCACACCGUCGCUGGUUCAUUUCCUGGAUGAAGGCCCACAGGGUGUUCGAUGAGCAUGCAUGGACGUCGGAGAUCACGGCUUGCGGGCGCAUUGUCGAGCUCUACCCGAAGAACUACAUGGCCUGGACCCACCGGAAGGUGGUCGCCUCGUGCUACCUCGACACGCCGGAAUUGAUUGUCCGCGAGCUGGCCGAGACCACGGAGAAGGCGGUUGCCGCCAUCAGCGACCAUGCGGCCCUGCAGCACCGGCAAUUUUUGCUGACUCUGAUGCUCGUGCGACAGGCACGUCAACCCGGGGCAGCACUCGACUCGGGAGCCCCCCUGGCCGAGUCCCUCCCGCUGGCCGACGAUGUGAUCACUCGGGCGUGGCGGGAGUUUGCCGCUCGUGCCGGUCCCCACUCGCCGGGCUGCCAUGCGCAGGGGUCCUUCGCGGGGGGGGCGCCCCUUCCGGGGGUGUCCCUGCGUUUGAUGCGCGCGGCUCACCGACAGGCGGCCGCCGUGUUGGAGGUGGAGUUUUCCCUGGCCCGGUCGCUCAUCCGGUCGUACCCCGGGCGCGAGGCCCUCUGGAGCCACUUGCGAUUCCUGCUGUACGCCCGAUACCAGUGGAUUCUGCGGCCGCUAUUGGAUGCGGCCGCCGAGGGGGCCGGAAGCCCGGAACCGCCCGGUGCCGCCUCGGAGGAGUCCAUCCGCCAGGAGCUGGAGAAUGAGCUCCUCUGGCUGGACCGGGAGAUUGCCGACUGCCGCGAUCCCGCCACUGUGGCCACAUUCGGGGAUACGCGUGCCGAGACACAGGCCCGCCUGGCACGGAGCUGCCAGGUGUUUGUCCGGUGGGCUUUCGCCGGGGGACCGGCGCGUCCCUUUGCCAUGGCCAUUGCGGAGGCCGAGAAAACCGCCUCCUAGGGCAUCACCGCCGACAAGCGAAGGGACAUGCCCCCCCCCCCC